AUGGGCUUUUGCGAUCAAAUCUGCCAUAUCCGCUGUGCCGGUCUCAACGCGCCGUUCAUAAAGGUCGUCCGAGAGAAACACAACCUGUUUUGGAUGUGCGAUGAGUGCGUUAAACUAAUGAAAUACACCCGAUUCAAAAGUGUCGUUUCAUCCCUCGGGAACGUGGUCGCUUCUGUCCUUGGCGACCAAUUACACAGUUUUUCGGAACUCAAGGACGAAAUUGUUAAAAACAAUCAGCAUGUAGCUAAACUUGCCGAUAAGGUAAUCGCUGCAACCCCGGUGCGAAUACCAAAUCGAGACCGUCCCGCUAAGCGUCGUCGCGGCGAGGCAGAAACUCCAAUCGAACCGGCUGUUGGUACUAGACACGUUGAAAAUCAUGACAGGCUAGUGGCUAAUUCUCCACCUGAUUUGUUUUGGGUAUACCUCUCACGUUUUCACCCUACCGUGACCGUCGAUGUCGUUGAGAAACUAGUCAGGGAUGGAUUACAGACACGGGAUGCAAUCAAAGUCGUCUCUCUGGUGAAAAAAGGAACUGAACUUCAGUCACUGAACUUUAUUUCGGUCAAGGUCGGUGUUCCCCCUGAACACAAAGCCAUUGCCUUGAGUCCUGGUACUUGGCCUCAAGGGAUCGUUUUCAGGGAAUUCGCCGACACACGAGGCAACUCCACAGUUUGGUUACCUCCCACCACCUCCGCUUUCCCAGCCACUCCGGUAACAAUUCCCAACGGAAACAUUGCUACUGGGACUGCAUCCGCUACCCCUGUUUUGCCCGCCCCUUUUGGAGGAACUGCGUCGGACAGCGCUUCAAUACAAGCAUCUGCAAUAGAGGAACCCUAA